UACAGCAAUCAGCUGCACAUUUUACUCAUUCGCGAUGCUGUGUUUGCUGAUCACGUUGCUGAUUGGUAUACAUGAGAUUGACUCAAGUCGCAAUGAUAAUCAAGAUUUGCAACCUUUGGUAGAAUACAUCAGGCACAGAAGACACCAAAUUUACGAUGUUGAACCAAAUGAUUAUUUUGAAGAAAAAGAAAACUACCCCAAAGUGAUAGUAACACAGCACAAGGCAAAUAAACACAAAAAGCAGAAAAACAAACACGAAAAAGUUAAAGCUGAACCAAAGAAGAUUCAGAAACGAAUCCAGAAACCGAAACCCGAUUCAGAAACCAGUAAGAAGACUCAUAAGAAGAAAAAUGAUUGGAUAAAGGAAAGUUAUAAGGAAUCUAACGUCUCAGAAUCGGAAGAAAAACAUAGCCCCGUAGAUAUUGUUGUGCAUAUCAAAAUGAACGAAUGAAUUGGUUUAUGAAUAAAUUAAUAAAUUGAC